AUGCGCAGAACUGAAGAUAUUGGGAGGCUGAACAGAGAAAGACACCUUGGAGACCUCCCCGACACCCCCGCCGCUGCUGUCGGCAGCACCCCGCGCGGCAGUCUUGGCGAGUCGACACUUUGCGCUGCAAGUUGUCGAGUCUGCGACACUCCUCGCAAAAGUGCCGCCGUCUCCCCCAACUUGCGGCAGAGCGUCCGUUGUUGGGCUGUCGGUGCAGCAGCAGAGGCAGCCCUUUGCUGGGACAGCAGCAGCAGCGGCUGGUUCGCGAUCGCCAAGCGGCAGCACAUACGGGCAGGCAGGCUUCAAGAGUCGAUCAAGCGUAUUCUUCAGAAGUUUCUUAUCCGGCACGCCCACAGGUUCAUGCCCUCCAGCCACCCCAGUACAUACAGCGCCGCAGAGGACGCAUUCAGAAUAGACACGGAAGGAGGACGAGAGGGAUGGGAGAAUGGUGGCGACGAAGACGCAGCGGCAGCAGCAGCAGCGUGCAGCAUCGAUGUGGUGUCAGUACAUCUCCACAAGGGCCUUGAAGUAGCAGAUGUUGAACUGUCCAUUGAUGCGGAGCCUGGGGAGCAGCGCCAUAUUUUUGCCGCGCUGCAGCGGGGAGUAGGAACACUGCGUUCUGAAAUUGCAGCGAGCCUGCGGCUUCGGAGGGCUCCCCUGCUGCGGCUUUCUCUCUGCGAUCUACAAAGAGCAUCCAACCUCUUCUCGUUGCUGCAGUGCCUCGAGACAGCGCAGAAUCAGCAGCCAGAAGAGCAGGAAGAGGCGGAGAAGGCGCUUCUGCAGCGCCUAGAGCAGCAGCUUGACCCCAUGCAACAGCAGCGGUUACGGCGCCAUUGA